AUGGUUCAGACAAACGGCGGCGCAGGGUCGCCGCAGUCGAAUACAUUCUGGGAGUGGAAAUCUCCAUUGCCGUACAUAUUUAUAAGCUUAGGUUUAGCGUUCGGUAUCAUUCUCGUGGCGAUCAUCGUCCUGGCUUGUUCCCUGCACAAGCAGUCCUCCGGCGGCGCCGACGGUGACGAGAAAUCGGGAUCGGCGGUGAGCCGAAGCGCGGAGAUGAGCCCGAGUUUCAUCGUCGUCAUGGCCGGCGACGCCAAACCCACCCACCUCGCCAUUCCCCUUCCUUCUAGCUUCAUCGACAAAGCUCCGUCGUGA